GCCUGUGCAAGUAUCACUGGGCAAAACAACAUCUUCUUAACACUUGUCUUCAGUUGAUCCUUUGGAGAUGAAAAUUGAUAUCCACAGUCAUAUUUUGCCUAAAGAAUGGCCUGACCUGAAAGAGCUUUGAUAAUAGGAGGAUCUGGUUUUAUUCAACAAAACACCAAGAACAAUGAGCAAUGAAUUCAGUGGAAUACCACCAAAUUCCAAAGCUGGAAACUAGGUACCAGACUUUUGCUGCAGGCUGUAAGACCCUUCAUGUUGCAACCUACCCCACACCGGGAAGUAAAUCCUAAGAACUCCCAACAACAGCUCUCUUUCAUUAAUUAUCCUGCCCCAAAUGUCACACAGAGAUAUGGCUAUGGAGGAUGGGUGCAGCUCCAUCAUGACAGCAAGGGAGAAGCCAAAAUGAUGAAAGAUGGAAAGCUCUUCCGAAUUGUCCAAGAAAACUGCUGGGAUCCAAUAGUUCGUAUUAGAGAAAUGGAUCAAACAGGAGUAACUGUCCAAGCCCUUUCUACAGUCCCUGUUAUGUUUAGCUACUGGGCCAAACCUCAUGACACCUUAGACCUAUGCCAGAUUUUAAAUAACGACUUAGCUACAACUGUUGCAAAGUACCCAAAGAGGUUUGUUGGCUUGGGAACAUUGCCAAUGCAGGCUCCUGACCUGGCAGUGAAAGAGAUGUAUCGAUGUGUGAAGGUGCUGGGUUUUCCUGGGAUACAGAUCGGAUCCCAUAUCAAUGAGUGGGACCUGAACUCUAAGGAGCUCUUCCCUGUCUAUGCUGCUGCAGAACAGCUGAACUGCUCCUUGUUUGUACACCCCUGGGACAUGCAGAUGGAUGGACGGAUGGCCAAGUACUGGCUUCCCUGGCUCGUGGGCAUGCCAGCAGAAACCACCACAGCCAUUUGUUCCAUGAUUAUGGGAGGAGUCUUUAAGAAGUUUCCUAAACUUAAAGUGUGCUUUGCACAUGGAGGUGGUGCUUUUCCAUUCACAGUGGGGAGAAUAUCUCAUGGAUUCAAAGUACGCCCUGAUCUGUGUGCCCAAGACAACUCAAUUGACCCAAGGAAAUACCUUGGUUGUUUUUAUACUGACUCUCUAGUUCAUGAUCCUCUGGCCCUGAAGCUGCUGACAGAUGUUAUAGGAAAGGAUAAAGUCCUUUUGGGAACUGAUUAUCCCUUUCCCCUAGGAGAUUUAGAAGCUGGAAAACUGAUAGAGUCUAUGGAAGAAUUUGAUGAUGAAGCAAAGGAUAAACUCAAAGCUGGCAAUGCUUUGGCAUUUUUAGGUCUCGAGAAAAAACAAUUUGAAUGACUGAAUUUACUACUGAGAUAAAACUUUAAGAGGACAACCUAUUUUUCUCUGCUUCUAUGUCAUCUAUGUUGCUAUAAAUUCUGUUGUGAACUCUAUUUCCAGAAAUAGAACAUUCUCAAACAUCAAAUUAUUCACAACUAAAAUUAUUCACCACUUUCUUCAUUUUUCUAUAAAGCAUUUCACACAAGAAAUGAAAAGUCUGAGCAAUUAGUACAAUGUACCUAUUCUUCUCAAACCAUUUUAACCCCAUGUGGCAGAAUAGUUAAACGUCUGAUGAAGGAUCCAAAACAAUAUGUAGCCUUCCAGGUCACUCUCUUUUCAGUUACAAAUAUGUCUAUGGUAUUGUUGGGGUAUUGGUGUAUUCGAACCAAGAUAACACUAAUGUCAGUUUCACCAAGCUUCUACCAAUAUUGGUUUUAUUAAGCUUGAAGACUGAAAUCAAAGCAAUGUCAUUUGACAAUAAUGAGAACAUAACAGAGAACCAAAUCAGGGAUAAAAUGUUCUUGGCAUCCAUUCCCAAAUAGCUGUUGUUUCCUUAUGUCUCACAUGCAUCUCAGCUCCUAAUUUACUACUCUGUCUCCCCAAUAGAACAGUAAGAGGAAUGCACUAAUCACCCAUAGACAGUGUUAAGGGAAUUCAAUAAGGUAAAAGAGUCAUUUUCUUCUUUCUUUUGGUUAACCUCCAUAAUCAUCCUACCCUGUAUCUCUUCUUUGGAACACUCCCCACUUGUUUUUCAAAACCUACCAUGCUGAGAGGUUCCUCACACUGUACCCUCACAUACAUUCUUGGGGAUCUAGUUUCAGAAAGAACAUGUAAUCCAUAUUUGGACAUUCCCCCUUAAACAUAUUCUUGUUUUAAACGUCUAUGAUUAUGACCUGGAAAGACUGAUAUGAACUGAUGUAUAGUGAAGUGAGCAGAACCAAGAAAACAUUGUGCACAGCGACAGCAAUAUUGUUUGAUGAAGAACUGUGAAUGACUUAACA